ACCGAUCGCCGCCGCUCUGCAGCUGUUAACACGAACGGCGAUCGCUCGGCGCAUACGAUCGACCGACCGACCGACCGACCGACCGCCGCUAACCACCGUUCGGGCGGGUCUCGUUUUACUUCCUCCAGUGCGUAUCUCGCGCACGGUCCGCUUUCUGCACGUCACAAUUGUUUGGUAGUCGUGUCAGACCGUCUUAAGAUGGUCGACGAUCGCCGCUGCUGGUAGAGUGUGAAAGGCGGCAACCAGGAAAAAAAGACGGCCACUGCUACGUGUACGCGUUGUCGUCAUUCGUAUGUGCCGUGAACAUCUGAGCUCCAGCCUGUGUUCUCGUGUGUUUCAUUUGGUUCUCUAGUGCAAGAAAAGAAAAAGUGCAUCAACAAUGCAACGCGAUCGGUAGUGUGACGUGAAGUAAAGAAGCAUGAUUAGAAACUCGCCCGCCCGACUGUAUGGUGCGAAUCUGUAUCUGAAUCUCACCGCACUUUCCACCGAGGCGUCCACCACGUCCCACAACAACCGGGGCAGACAAGAGUGAAAGCAAACUACUGCUAGAAGAGGUUUGCAGCCCCAAUCCAUCUGUGAAUUCCGGCCCGUUACUUAUCAUAACCGUAUCGAAAAGGCACACGAUUCCUUCCCAUUUAGGGUUGCCCAGCGGCCCAGUGUGCGUACGGGUGUGUUGUUUGAAGCGAUUUUGCUUUGUUAGGCUGUGAGUGUAAGGAAGAGGAAGUAUGAAAGGUAUGCAGUUUUUGUACGGAUCUGCCGUUCGGUGGCGCGGAUCGGUGACCGUCACUAGGAUUCUGGCCACGCUGUUGCUGCUUGCGACGGUUUUGCUAAACCAUGCUGCAAGUCAAAAACCGGAAGAUGGCCCGUACCGGGGGAAGUACAUCGGCAAGUUUAACUCCUACCAUCACCAAGCGUCAGGAGAUGUGUACGCCGUGGACGAGUACACGUUCCUACUGACCGGCUUCAACUACGACGGUAACGGUGUCGAUACGUUCUUCUGGUCCGGCGCGAGCAACCGUCCCGGGCCGCAAGGAUUCAUCGUACCGGACGAGUAUGGAAAGACAAACAUCCUAGAACGGUACUUCAACAAAGAUUUCACGCUUCGCCUACCGGACAACAAGAAGAUCACGGAGGUGAAAUGGUUGGCCGUGUACGAUCUAAACUCGCAGAACAACUUUGCUGACGUGUACAUCCCGGAAGACUUUGAACCGCCCGUACCGCAAAAGGCGGGCAGCCUAACGGUCAUCGCCGGUGGUCCAAUGGUAUCGAGCGAUACGAUCGACAUACUCGACUCGAAAACGAUUCGCAUCACCGACUUCACCUACGAUGGAAAGGCGGGCGAUCAAGCGGAAGUACAUUUCUGGGUCGGCGUUGGUCCAUCGCCAUCGUCCAAAGGCAGCAAGGUGCCGGACGAGAUGGGCUACCUGGACCCGAUACGGGCGUACGAUCGCGAAACGAUCACGCUGGAACUUCCGGGUGAUAUGACCAUCUUCGACAUCGAUUGGUUCAGCGUGUACGAUGUGGGAGCACGUCGGGAUUAUGGGUCAAUCCUCAUUUCGGACGAUCUAAACGUGCCGCCGUCGCUGGUACGCGUUACGCCGCACACCGAGUCGCUGCCGAACUGUCGCCAACUGCACAAAGAUUACCGCGUGUCGUGGGAAGUGUUUGGACCGCAAAUUACGAUUCAACUUGCAGGAAACGUACAGCAGGACGAAUAUUUGUCGUUUGGACUGUCCGGUUCGGAGCAGCGUAGUCAAAUGCUGGGCGCGGACGUCGUUGUUGCAUUCAUCGAUGGACAUCGGGGAUAUGCGGUGGACUAUAACAUCACCUCGCUUGCGCCGUGUGUGCAAGUGCUUGGUCAAAACAAGGGCGUAUGCCGUGACGAUGUGGUGGGAGGACUGGACAGCUUUCAGCUGCACACGUUCAGCCGGGAGGACGACAUCAACACGAUCACGUUCCGGCGUACACUCAUUUCGUCCGAUUCCGGCGACAAGGAGUUCCUGCUGGACCGACCGAUGUACGUGGUGUGGGCGAUGGGUCGCCUCGAUUCUAACAAUGAGCCUACCUACCACGACGUCUACCCGAAACGAAAUGUACAGAUCCACUUCAACACUUCCGAGCCGGUCAACGACUGUUUCAGCUUUACAAGUCGUGAAGACAAUCUGAAGGAUGUGUGGGAACGUCAGCAAAUCUUCGAUCGGUCCGUCCGAUCGUUCACGGCCACGCUUGGUCCUGCUGGAGGCAAGCGAGGCUACCAAGGCAUUACCGGACACGUUUCCAAUGGAUUGGCAUGGUACAUCAAUGGGUUCCUCGUGCCGGAGCUGUGGUUGCGGCGUGGCCUCACCUACUCGUUUCUGGUACGUGGCGGCAACAAUCCUCACUCGCCCGAGUUCUACCAUCCGCUCGUGAUCACGGACGAACCGCACGGCGGUUUCGACAGGCUUUCCGAUGCACGGCAGAGCGAAAUUCGUGUCCUGGCGGGUGUGGAGUUUACACGCCGCGGACGUCCGAAACCGAUAGCCGCUGGUCCGCUAUGUCUAGCACGCCACCCGGAGGGACAAGAUCGCCGAUUGGAUGACAAUUUUGCCACGUUCAAAAAGUUCAACCGCACGCUCAAGUGGAGCUGCGAUUCCGGCGAGCCGGCGGUGUUGGAGAUUACACCGAACACCAGCUGGCCGGACGUGGUGUACUAUAACAGCUUUACCCACGCAAACAUGGGCUGGAAGAUACACAUAGUUGAUAGUUACAGCCAGUCGGCGCGUAAUCACGGUACGAUCUACAGCUUCGAUCACUCGAUUCGGUUACUGCUCUUCACGAGCAUUCUCGUCGUGUGGGCAAGGUUGCAAAAAUAAAUAAAAAAAAAAACUUUUCUCACCCAAAUACA